GGCUUUGGAGAGCACCCCCCAAAAGAAAAAGAAAAUUGGAAAAGGGCACAUGAAGGAAAUUUGGAAUAUGUACAAGGAGCUGGCCAACUACAGUGACAGCACAGAGAGCCCUCUCCUGGAGAGCCACUUCUGCUCCACUGCUGAGGGGCCCCUUCUGACCUCCUUCAAGGCUGUGUUCAUGCCAGUGGCCUACAGCUUCAUCUUCCUUCUAGGGAUGAUGGGCAACAUCCUGGUGCUGGUGAUCCUGGAGCGGCACCGGCAGACUCGCAGCUCCACCGAGACCUUCCUGUUCCACUUGGCAGUGGCUGACCUCCUGCUGGUCUUCAUCCUGCCCUUUGCUGUGGCUGAGGGCUCUGUGGGCUGGGUCCUGGGGACCUUCCUCUGCAAAACUGUGAUUGCCCUACACAAGAUCAACUUCUACUGCAGCAGCCUGCUCCUGGCCUGCAUCGCUGUGGACCGCUACCUGGCCAUCGUCCAUGCUGUCCACGCCUACCGCCACCGCCGCCUCUUCUCCAUCCACAUCACCUGCGUGGCCAUCUGGCUGGUGGGCUUCCUCUUCGCUUUGCCCGAGAUUCUCUUUGCCAAGGUCAGCCAACCCCAUCACAACGACUCCCUGCCACGCUGCACCUUUUCCCAAGAGAACCAAGCUGAAACUAACGCCUGGUUCACCUCCCGCUUCCUCUACCACAUUGGGGGCUUCCUGCUACCGAUGCUGGUGAUGGGCUGGUGCUAUGUGGGGGUGGUGCAUAGACUUUGCCAGGCCCAGCGGCGCCCUCAACGGCAGAAGGCCGUUAGGGUGGCCAUCCUGGUGACCAGCAUCUUCUUUCUCUGCUGGUCACCUUACCAUAUUGUCAUCUUCCUGGACACCCUGGCAAGGCUGAAGGCUGUGGACAAUAGCUGCGAGCUAAAUGGCUAUCUCCCUGUGGCCAUCACCAUGUGCGAGUUCCUGGGCCUGGCCCACUGCUGCCUCAACCCCAUGCUCUACACCUUUGCUGGUGUGAAGUUUCGCAGUGACCUGUCUCGGCUUCUGACCAAGCUGGGCUGUGCCGGCACUGCCUCCCUGUGCCAGCUCCUCCCGAGCUGGCGUAAGAGCAGUCUGUCUGAGUCAGAGAAUGCCACCUCCCUCACCACCUUCUAGGCUCCAAUACUCUGCUUUGUUUCUGCUUUCCUUGGGGUAUUCGGGGAUGCUGGAGCCUCUCCCAACAGGAGCUGGCGUCCUAAAAGCUAUAGUGGUCAGCGUUCCAUGGGGCAGUGAGAUGAGCCAGCCCUCCUUGAGGAUGUCCCUGCAGCUCUUCCACAAGCCCCAGGGCUGGGCUGAAGGCCAAGGAGGGGAAAGCAGCUGAAAGGCAAAGCAAAAACUGUCUGUACCUGUCUGCAUCACCCUGAGCUGAGAGGACCCUGCAUACCUCUUCCCAUCCUCACUAGCCAAGAUACAAGAACCAACAUUUACUUCUACCCUGGCCAGUAAGAAAAGUUAGUCCCCUCCCAGAAUAUACUCCAUUAUUUUAGGGCUACUCACUGCUACAGCUACCUGCCUCUCCUCUGAUGCCACUUGCCGAAUGAAGUCAGAAGAAGAUGGGCACCAGAGGAUGAGUCAAGUUAAGGCUGAGGGACGAUCAGCUGGCAGCAGAGUGCCCUUAAUGCAUCUCAAACCCUUGAACUCAGACAUCCUGCCAGGAUCUGAGCCCUUUGGCCAUCCUGCCCAAGUGAGAACGUUGCAUUGAUUCACUUUAAGUGACCAAAACAGCACUUGGUCAACCCCAUGUCACUCGGUCCUGGACUGCAGAUUGAGAACAGACCUCAGGUGCCCACAGAGGGCAUCCAGUGCCCGUCAGGAACUAAAGGAGAGCCAGGAGAGGAAUCCAGUGGAGAAAUGGAUAAUCUUUCCCCAGCCCCCAAAGAAGACAAAUACGAAUCAAAGCCAGCUGUCAUCUCUCCCCAGGGACCAGAUGGAGAUGGGUGGAAAUCUCCCAAGAUGGACAUGAAGAGACAGGAUCCAGGGCCCUAGUGGAUUUUGGGUACUGAUGGAGAAGAAGACAGACUUGGUCCCCAUUUCCACAAUCUACAGGGCCCAUAAAAACUAGAACAGCAGAGUGAUUUGGAGCACAGCAGAAGGACUUAGCUAAAGGAGUCAGAAUGGCAUAGAGACCCCUUGGGGAGAAAGACAGAGUAAAGGGGCCCUCCGGAAGUCAUCUCAUCCAGUCCCCAACCCCCAUGUCACCUUAGGUAGGGUAGUGUGAAAAUCAGACCUGGGCAGGGAAGUCCCCAGACCCCAAGAAGCCUGCCCUGGCCCUAAGAGGAUGCCACUCAGAUGGAACCAGAGGAAGCUACUCCAUGCUUAGGGAGGCCUGUCAGGCAGUUCCGGGCUCUCCUCCCCUUCCCAGCUUGGAUUAGGGUGGGGGUCAGGGGCCCCUGCACCUGCUGAAGGCCCAUCUGGGUGCCCAGUUCUCAAGCCCAUCAGCCAAGUUCCCUGGGAGGCCCUCACUGAGAAAAUCAGGGGUGUUCCCUUACCGUGAAAAGAUGGGGAAGCCCUGGGGCCUCCCUUUAUUUUCCCUAGCAUUCGAUAGCCAGCUGGGCAGUGGAGGAACCAGACACAGAAGCACAAAGGCCAACAGGUUGGAUUUUGAAUUUUCUUUUUAAUAAAAAGGCACCUAUAAAACAGGUCAAUACAGUACAGGCAGCACAGAGAC